AAUUCUGCAAGUGGUUCUAAUUUACUAUCGCUGUUCUCUAGCCGGUCUAAAACUGAUUUUGACCUAAAGGGUCGCUUUUUGGACGCCAUGGACGUUUCUCAGUUUCCAGGCAGAAAGAACAGUAAAAAUGCAGGCAGGGCACAGGACAAAGCACUCGGGACAAAAUGUAUGUGAAAUGGUUUGAUACAUGAAUGUCCCUUUUUGUCAUUUUCAAAUUUCCCGACAGUUCCGUCUCCGUACGUCCCGACGCUCGCAGGGGAUGGAACCCAGAUGACAGAUGUUGGCAUCUGCCGGAUUACAUUGCGGGGGACACUGCAGGGGGGACAU